AGAUGUUCCUCACAAGGAGCGAAUACGACCGUGGGGUCAACACCUUCUCUCCAGAAGGCCGCCUCUUCCAAGUAGAAUAUGCCAUCGAAGCUAUCAAGCUAGGAUCAACAGCCAUAGGAAUAUGCACCAGUGAAGGAGUAGUACUAGCAGUAGAGAAACGUAUCACUUCGCCUCUCAUGGAGCCCACCACUAUAGAAAAGAUCGUCGAGGUCGACAAACACAUUGGGUGUGCUGUGUCUGGGCUAAUGGCUGAUUCUCGUACAAUGAUAGACAGAGCUAGAGUUGAAUGCCAAAACCACUGGUUUGUGUACAAUGAGAACAUGAGUGUUGAAUCUUGUGCUCAAGGUGUCUCAAACUUAGCUAUUCAGUUUGGAGACUCUGAUGAUGAUGGGGCUGCCAUGUCUAGACCUUUUGGGGUAGCCAUCUUGUUUGCUGGUAUUGAUGAAAAGGGCCCACAGCUCUAUCACAUGGAUCCCUCAGGCACUUUUGUGCAAUUUGAUGCUAAAGCAAUUGGUUCUGGCUCAGAGGGGGCUCAGCAGAGCUUGCAGGAGGUGUACCAUCGCAGUAUGACUCUUGAAGAAGCCACAACUGCUGCCCUUACCAUCCUGAAACAGGUCAUGGAGGAGAAACUCAAUGCUUCUAAUGUUGAGGUCAUGACCAUGACACCAAAAGACUUGUUUCACAUGUUCCCCAAGGAACAGGUUGAAGAGGUAAUUGGAAAACUGACAUAGAAUGGUUGAUUGUUUUUGUAUGGAUAUUUUUUAAGAUUAAUUGUGGGAAAGAGUAUUUACAUGAAUCCACUCCCUACAUUUUUACAUGUUAAGAAAUAAAAUCACAGCUUCUGAUUG